AUGGAAAGUUCUGGUAGCUCUGGCCAGAUUGCGUUGAGUAAGAGGGAGUCAUCUUCAUUCCGAGACGUUAUGGACGAAGAACACGUCAUUGAGGGUUGUGUUAAUUCUUGGCAAAAGGCAUACGAUGAAAGACGACUAAAAAUGAGAGCAGGCGUUGAAGCUGAUACUUGUCCGUUGAUGUUCGCAUUUACCAAGCAGAUUUCUGCUAGAAUUCAAAAAUCGACGAAGAAAAAGUCCAACAGUGGAAAAGUCGCCGACGAUUCGAUUCCCGUUUCAGUCGCAGUCUUUGCAAUCAAACCUGUGUACGAAGCAGUCUUUGGAAAAUGGAUGCUGACUUUGAAGCGAUCUUUUUGGAGAACUUUUGAGAGAAUUAUUAACGAUCGUGCUCUUUGGAGUUCUGACGACUGGGAUUGUGCGACGAUCUUUCUGGAAAAGACGACCAUAGGAGAGAUAGCGAUACUGCAUGAACUGAGGAGCCAGAAAAAGGAAGAUCUGACAGCCUAUUUUUUGAAUAGCAUGUUCAAGCUCAUGAAGAAUUUGUUUCUGAAGGUCUUCUUCGUCACAAGGGAAAAGAACGAAGUUCUUGUCUUCAAGCGCCAGACUUGGAACAAGCUCGUCAAAAAUCAUCUCAAAUCAAGAAUCGAAAAAGGGUGGAUUCAAGAAGUGUCAAAAGAGAAAGUAAAAUCGAUGACAAAACAUGGCAUCAAAAUUCCCAACUUCGGCUUUAUUCCAAGUGGAGAGAAAUUCAGACUCGUCGCCCCACUGAAGCAGCAUCUUUUGCGAGUAGAACGCCCUUUGGUUAUUUACAGAGACUCAGAAAACAUGAAAAUUAGGGAGCGAACCGCUUCGCAGGAUGAAAUCAAGGAAAUCUUCUCCGCGAAGCUUCAAUUUAUCAGAUGGAUUGCUGCUACCGACAGUAUCACAAGAAUAAAGUCAAUUUCUCUCCCGGAAGUUCUCCCAUUCAUGCAGAAAAUUGACACUUCUUCCUGUGUUCUCGCAAAGACAGACGUCAAAUCAGCCUACGAUGGGAUUCUAGCGUCAAAAGCAUACAACUUCUUUCUCGGAAAACUCAACAAUUUUUUUGGAGAAGUCGAGGAGCGAGAUAAAUUUAGAUGGAUUUUCUUCAGAAGAAGCGAACAAUCCGGUAAAAUUGAAUACAAGAGAAAAGAAGAAAUUUGUAUCUUCGACGAGGAAGAAUACAAAUGUUUCCGAUUACGAGACAUUGAAAAGCUGUUUGAGUUCUUGAAACAAACUCCGAUUCGAUGGGGGAAAAAGUGCUAUACGACGCGUUUUCUCCUUCAUUCUUCGCCUCUUUCUUUUCCCCUGGCGGAGUUGUACAUAAAAGAUACGCUGAAUGUGGCUUACAAGAAAGCAAACAUCCCGGAUCUUCAGAUAAUCCAGUACAUGGACGAUAUCUUGAUUCAUGGUCAAUCUAAAGAGCAAAUCUCCACCUUCUACGACGCGCUGAAACCGCUUCUUCCUAUGCAUGGCCUUUCCCUCGAAGAAAUCACUUUCCUCGGAUACAACAAGAACCUCACCACAAAUGCUGUGACGAAGAAGAUCCGUCGGAAAAAGUGGGAGAAAAUGUCGCUAAUCGACCAGAUAAAUUCGAUGGCAGAGGAUCCUGCCACGCUAUUGAGAUUUCUUGGUGAUCCUGUUGUAAAGAAAAGAUGCAGAUUGGUGGCGUCCGAAACACUUCCCUACCUCAUCAAAAAAGUCAACAGUGAUUUCGAAAAAUUCGCCGAAGUCAAGGACGAAUGGCCAGAUAUUCUCAGAAUUUUAUCAAACGGGCUUGACGGAGGAACGAUGCUUCGGCUUCUCGAAAUGGCCGAUCCAAUGGACUUGUGUGCAGCUGUCCUUCCUUACUUCAAUAUCGCCAUUCGAGAAGGGCUACUUCAUGAUUUAUCGAUGUACAACUGUAGUUUGAUUCUGUCGUCGUUUUACGGUUUCAACGAAGAGUACCGCCUCAUUGGGAUAGAGGAUACGGAUGAAAUGCCAGUCUCGACUGCUGAUCCAAGUGGACUGAACAUCGCGGAAGAAAUGCCGCUUGCAAAAAUGAAAGAACUCCUCAUUAAAAAUCACCCCUUUGCCAAAGCGAUCCUCAGUCAGCUACAAAUUAUUGCGAUCAUUGUUGAUAAUUUGACGGUUUUUCGACCCUGGCAGGAUAUGAAGCAGGAGAUAUUUCAUUUGCUCAAUGGGAUCAUCAUCAGAAUUGCCAAGAUUCCUGGAUCUGAGUCUGUCCUGCGUAACUUCGACAACCCAGUCAUCGGUCGUUUCUCGGAGCCAGAAUUCAUUGAUGAUCGAGAAUGGAACGAUACAUUUGAUGCGUUUAUGGAAUGCUCGAAAACUCUCCGAUGCCAUGACUUUUUCCUCACCUCGCUAAUGAAACAAAACUACAGUAAGAUUUUCAAAUUCGAGUGCGAAGUCGAAGGUCUAAUCGUCCACCUGUUGGAAAGUCCGCUUUAUUAUGUCUGCCGAUAUGAAUUCCUGCUUGAGCGGUGGUCGCCACUGAUCACUGCAUGUCUCGAAGGUAGCAAAAGUUUCCUCGUCCAAGCUGCGAUUCUCGUUUUACAGCGACUCUUCAGAAGAUCAGGACAUUCCCUCUACGACGUCGGCUUCUGGGACGCGUUGUGCAACGUAGCCAUGUUUUUCAACAGUCGAAGUAUCCGCCUUUUGACCAUUCCAGUCCUCCAACUCGCCUGCGAGAAACUACACCCCCGUGCAGCGUACUGCCUCUUCCUCCGCACUCUAACACCAAAUUGCCCGCAAAAAGUUGCAUCAUUCAUAAUUCCCAGGAUCAAAGAUUUCCUUCUCUCUCCAGCUGGCCAAGAAAUCGACCAAGAACUUAUUUGGAAUCGACUAUUGUUAGAAGAUACGGCUGAAUUAGCGUCGAAGGCGGACUUUGUGAUUCCUGUAUUGAACUUGAUAAAAUCCCUAGAAUUACACAAUCAGAUUCAAAAGCGAUAUAAAGCUGGCUGUAUAAGUUAUAUGAGGUUCAUACAAGAUGAUGUCCACGAAGCCCGAAAAUAUUAUGAGCUCAAGGUCGAAGAGGGAAAAGAUGCUAAAGAAAAAGCUUUCUUCGCCCAAGCCAUGACCCAAAUAGAACUCAUUGGCUUCAUUAAUAACUCGAUUCUUGAGCUUAUGGGCUUGGAUUUAUUUGAGGGAUAUUACAAUAAGCAGGAUAGCGUCUACAGAGGACAUGAAGAUUUUUAA